AUGCACUCUUCACACAUUCUCAGCUUGUUCGCCUCGUCGACCCUCUUUGCGGCAGUGAAUGCUGCAAGUGGCACUGGCACGACGACGAGGUACUGGGAUUGUUGCAAACCCAGCUGUGCGUGGUCCGGCAAAGCAUCCGUCAGUGCCCCAGUCGACACGUGCGACAAGAACGAUAGCGUGCUUGCAGACGUGGACGCGAAAUCCGGCUGCGAUGGCGGCACCGCCUACACUUGCACGGACAACUCUCCCUGGGCCGUCAGCGACACGUUGGCGUAUGGCUUCGCGGCCACGGCCAUAAGCGGAGGUUCCGAGUCGACCUGGUGCUGUGCUUGCUACAAGCUUACCUUUACUUCUGGUGCCGUCUCUGGCAAGACGAUGAUUGUGCAGUCAACCAACACGGGUGGUGACCUCGGCUCCAAUCAGUUUGAUAUCUUGAUUCCCGGCGGUGGAGUUGGCAUCUUUGACGGAUGUACCUCGGAAUUUGGAUCCGCUCUCCCCGGAGCCCAGUACGGAGGUGUCAGCUCCCGGUCCGACUGCGACUCGAUGCCCUCCAGCCUCGUUGCCGGCUGCCAGUUCCGGUUCGACUGGUUCGAGGGCGCCGACAACCCCGGCGUCACCUUUGAGCAGGUGCAGUGCCCGACCGAGAUUACAGCAAAGUCGGGCUGCACGCGUGACGAUGACUCGUCUUUCCCCGCAGCAUAA